UGUUAUAUCUUAUGUCUAUAUAUACACACUAUGACUAUGGAACUCUCAAGUAAUUCAAGUAACUCACAAAGUUAUAAUUGAAACAUUUCCUUCUUACACAAGCAACAGAAAAAAACAAUGGGAUUCCGUUUACCAGCUAUUAGAAGGGCAUCAUCAGAAGUUCCGAAAGGCUAUCUCGCAGUCUAUGUUGGAGAGAAAAUGAAGCGGUUCGUGAUUCCUGUAUCAUACUUGAAUCAACCUUUGUUUCAAGAAUUACUAAACCAAGCCGAAGAAGAAUUCGGAUAUGAUCAUCCAAUGGGUGGUCUCACUAUUCCUUGUAGUGAAGAUGCUUUCUUAGAUCUCAAGUCUCGCUUAGCUUUGAAGUAGCUACUUAUUAAUUAAUCAUAGUAGAGAAAUCU